UCCCUAAUCACCACGAGACAAAACAAAAACAAACUCAUUUUAGUUAAUUAAUUUAAACAAAACUAAAUAUGGCUGUGCUACCACCAGAUCCUGUAUUCAGCCUUCGAUCGCCCGACAUGGGAGCAGUAAAUUCACUUUGCUUUCAGGAGAACGAGCGCUUGUUGGCGGGCACUAUUAAAGGCAGUGUUUUCCUUUGGGAUUUACAGACCAAUCGCUCCGCCCUGCACUUUGAGGUGGGAUCCGACCCCAUAACCAGCCUGCACCACACCCCCGAUCGCCUGGUGACCCAGGAGAAGGGCGGCACCAUCACCAUGUUCUCCAUCGGCGGCAGCAGCUACGUGAAGGAGCGCAGCAUUCCGGGCAACCACCUGGGCUUCUGUCGCUCCGCCCUGCACACGGGCACCAGCAACACCAACGAGCAGCUGCUCUUCUAUCCCUGCGAGGAGUCCUCGAUCGGGGUGCUCCAUGUGACGGAUGCGGCGGCGCCCACCCAGAUGCUGGUGCCAGAGGAUCCGCAGCUGCCCAAGCUGGGCAGUGUCACCUGCUUCAAGCCCUUCGAGUGCGCCUCGCAGCUGUUCCUGCUGGCCGGCUACGAGUCGGGGCACUUCCUCACCUGGGACAUCAGCUCGGGCGUCAUUGUGGAUGUGCUGGAGCUGGCCCAGGAUGCCACGACCGUGGACUAUGAUCCGGUCACGAAUCGCGGCAUUGUGGGGGGUCCAACUGAAAAACUGAUUAGCUUCAGCUACCAAAGACCUUCGAUGCAAUUGCAGCGCGGCUCGGAGCUGAGCAUUAAAAAUGCGGGGGUGAAUUGCGUGCGAAUUCGGUCCGAUCAGAAGGUGUUCGCCAGUGCCGGCUGGGACGGACGCAUCCGGAUCUUCUCGUGGAAGAGCCUCCGGCCGCUGGCCGUGCUGACGCAGCAUAAGAAUGGCGGAGUAAUGGACCUGGCCUACUCCAGCCAACCGGUGGCCAUGUGGCGGGCUCCCAUCAUGGCGGCCGCAGGCAUGGACAGCCAGAUAUCCCUGUGGGACCUCUACAACUGAGCCAUGAUCUAGUCUUAAGUGUUACGAUGUCUGCAUCCCCUGACUGUUCAGAAAUCCUCUUGAAAUAGCUUUACUUGUACAAGUAUUUUUUUAACGACCUUUGCAUCGUUUCUGAAAUAUUUACUGAAUUUGUUUAUGUUCUAAGCCAAUUGAAGGUUUUACAUAUCUUAGGUGCCUGCAGCUAGAUUUGAUAAUAUUAGGUAUAAAUAACUUACUUUUGGAGCUCCUUGAAGAAAAGCCAUACAUUU